UUAUCAACUGUUUUCUCAAUGAAAUCGACUAGCAAUCACGUCGAUAACUAAUGUCAAGCUCUUUUCCUUUUCCAUUUUUUGUCUAUUUGAACUAGUUUUCUUCAAUUUAAUAUUAAAUCUAUUUCAACUUUCAAUUAGCAAACCAACUCUUUUUACCUGUGAAGAAAGUGAUUGUUUCAAGAAUGAAAUUCUUCAUCUUAACUGUCUGCCUUUUUGGAACUGUAUUUUCUGUAACUCUUCUCGGACCAUGGACACCGCUCCCUGUUGAUGAUCCAAGUGUUAUAAAGUUAGCUAAACAAGCCGUUGUUGAUAUCAAUGCACAUGACAAGAGUUUGUAUUACAAUAAACUGAUCGAGAUCAGAGAAGCUAAAUCUAGAGUUGCCGAUAAAAUUGAAUAUGAGCUUAAAUUGGUCAUACGAAUAACUGAUUGUCCCAAAUCUAAACCGUACACUGAUGCAUGUCAAAUCAACCAAGAUUUGCCUCCUAAACUAUGCACGUAUGAGUUAUUUGUACGUGCUGGUUCUAAAAACAAAUUCACUACGUUACAGUGUGAUGAACUUAAAUCUGCAUGAAAAAUGAUUUAUGCAAUUUUUCUUGGUAAAUGCGAUUCAAGUACAUGAUAUGGAAAAGGCGAAAUUUGCGAUUUAAGAUUAACAAAUUUCGAAACAAAUUUGUAAGCAUUUUGAUUGAGUUGAUUUGAAUAAAUCCGUUCUCUGAUAGACUUGCUUUUAUCAAUA